CAUUGACCAAGGCAAACAAUGAUGGAGUUUGGUUCUAAUAUUUUGGUUUUUGUCCUUCAUUGUGGCAAAGUGUCAAGACAUCUAAGAAUACAUGACGAAUACUUAUGCUUGUUGUAACGAGGCUGACUUUCUUGAAAACCUCUAGGAACAAACUCAACUUCUUCUCGAGAUUCUUUGGAAGCAGGAAAAAACAACGAUGUUUCAUCGACAAAGGACAAGAGCUUUAUCGAAGUGAAGAAGAAAAGCAGACACUUGUUCAACAACUGAAGGAAAAAGCGAGAGAGUUAGGGAUGGGCCCGGUUACUAUUACAAGUGCCAAACCCUCCCAGCGUUUACCAAAGUUUCUAAAGUGGAUAGAAGAAGGUCGUCACGGAGAAAUGCACUAUUUGGCAAGAGAAGACCGUUUAGAAAGGAGACGAGAUCUACAGAAAGUAUUGCCUGGUGUUCAGUCCAUAAUAGUAUGCUCUUUAUUUUUUUGGCCUGGCAGAAGAGGGUUCACAGCUAUACGAGAAGAUCCAACUCGAGGGGACAUCAGCUGCUAUGCUUGGGGAAGGGACUAUCACGAUAUUUUUUGUGACAAGUUACAGAAAUUGGCAGAAUUUGCUCUUGACAAGGCUGGUGGACAAGGCAAGUGGUACGUUGACACUGGUGCUCUCAUGGAACGUGAUCUAGGAGAGAGGUCUGGUUUGGGCUUUAUCGGCAAGAACACCAUGUUGAUACAUCCUCGCCUUGGUAGCGGCUUCUUUUUAGGAGAAAUAUUAACCACUUUGUCUCUUCCAGUUGAUUCUGCUCCAAAGAAAAUGGUUGGUUGUGGUAAAUGUAGACGUUGUCAGGCGUCUUGUCCUACAGGGGCGUUGGAUGAAGACUAUAGAAUGGAUGCUCGCAAGUGUAUUAGCUAUUUGACCAUCGAAUUGAAGGGAAGUAUCCCGGUUGAAUUGCGCCCACUUAUGAGGAACAAAAUAUAUGGUUGUGAUAUUUGUCAGCAAGUAUGUCCUUGGAACAAAUUCGACUGGCAAGAAAGUAUAGGGAAGAGUCCUUUGUUUGGAUCUCCUGACCCUGAAGUCACAACCCCUAAACUUAUUGAAUUGAUACAGAUGAGUGAAGAGGACUUUCGGAAGCGUUUUGAGAAAACUGCUAUACAAAGAAUUGGACAUUCAAGACUAUUAAGAAAUGUUGCCGUUGCAUUGGGUAACUCUGGAGAUGUCACAGUCCUUCCUGUAUUGAAGAAACUUUUGAAUUCUGGACAGGAUAGCCUGGUGGCUGAACAUUUGAAAUGGGCAAUUGAUCAAUUGGAAAAUUCUGCACAAAACGAUCAAAAUAGUAGCAGUUUAGUCACAAAUUCUCAUUGAUAGUUUUGUUCAUGACUGUACAUUUCUGUGAAAUUGUAUAACAGCAAGAGAGGUUUAGUUUGGAUGAGGAGCACUAGUUUUUCGAAUGAGGGAAAUCUGUAUUGUUGACAUGAUAAAUACGAAAUGAUUAUUUCUUCCCAACUCUGGAAAUAUAUACAUUUGCCAAAAC